AUGGCUAGGUUUACUGUUUUCUGCUUGAUCGUGCUUUUGAUCUCGGCGGCGACGGCUGCCGAGAUUGCAGAAGCUCCUAAUGCCGGCCGGAAACUGGGGAAGCAUCACGUCGCCGCCGCGCCGAGUCCGGCAGCGGAGGCUUUGGGAGAAGGGGAAAGUGCCGAGGAAGAGGUCAUGGAGAGGAAGCACCGUCACCACCACCACGAUCGCUCAUUCGAGGAGUCAGUUGUCGGCGGCGUAGCGGUUGUCGGGGUUUUAGCCGCCGUGUUUCUGACGGCGGUCUUCUGUUACAUCCGCGCCACCCGUCGGAGGCCACCUGUACAGCCUGCUUCCCCUACUGAUUCGUCGUCCAGUAAGAGAAAGAUGAUAGCGUCUGGCUCACCAGUCGUAAAAUAA